AUGGGAAAAUAUAGAAAGAGAUUUAAUGAGAAAGCAAGGGCAGGUAUGCUUGCCAAGCAAGCUGCAUUGAAGAAAGCAAGAAAUAAGCAAUUUUAUAGACAAGACGAUGAGGAAGAGACCGAAACGACUCCAGAUACCACCGAAAUAUUCAAUACCCAAGAUUCAAACUCUGAAAUACUUGCACCCGUCACUGAAGAAGAACGGUUAGCUAGAAAGAGGGCAUUAGAGCAAAAUUUGUAUUCUGAAAAUUCCAAAAAGGAGAAAAUGUCUCGAGCAAAGAAGAAACGUUUGGAUAAAUACAUUGAUCAUCAAUUGAAAAGAGAGGAAAAGAAAAUUUUGCUUGAAAAGUUGGCAGAGACCAAGAUGGAUACUAGUAACUUUGCCGCUCUUAAGGAAUUGGGAAAAGGUAAACAAACCAAAAAAGAGGAAAUGAUUGAGGCGUUGGAAUUGGAACGUCAGGGUAGAGCUGAUGAGAAUACACGGGAAGUUUUAUAUGAAGAACGAGAUGUAAAAGAUUAUGAUGAUUCAGAUGAAGAUGGCAGUAUAUUUAAAAGCUUCGACGACGACAGACAUUUGCAAGACGAGGAGGGGGAACAGCGAUCAACAUUUGUGGAUAACAGGCCCAAAAAGUUUGGCGGUCAAGGUUCGGGUUUUGGUUUUGCAAACAUACCUGUAAUUAAAAAAGAUACUACGGAAAUUCCUAAGAAAAAAUACAGUUGGAGGAAAAGGGUGGAAGAAGAAGAAAAAAAGAGAUUAAAGAAAGAAGAUGAUGAUGAUUUUGCUUCGUCUUCAGAGGAUGAGGAGGAGCUGGAUAAUAGUAAUGCUGACGAUAUGAACACUUCUGAAGAAACUGUGGAAGCAGAUGAGUUACGUGAUCUGGAUGUGGCGGAAGAUUCUGAUUCCAAUGAAGAAGAAUCUGAACAUGAAAUUAAUCCUGAAGCUGGUGAGUCUGCUGAAAGUGAGGGUGAUCUGUCAAGUGAAGUAGAAGAAGAAGAGGACGACGACGACGACGAUGAUGAUGAGGAAGAAGAAGAAGAGGAAUCAAAGUUGAUGAAAAGCAAACCGCGCCACUCUACUACUGCAGCUAGUUUCAAAGAAUGGGCAGAACAGCAGGUUCGUAUUAUGGAGGGGAGAGACAAGAAUGUUCUCACACCAGAAGUUUCUGAAGAGAUCAAGAAAAAGUACUCGAAACAGACUGUCAGAGAUGAAGACGUCGAUCACUCGUCAGAUGAAGAAGGAUACAUCCCUAUAAACAAAGAAAUGCAACGUCGAGCAUUUGUUGUAGAAGUGAACAGAACGGAUUCUAUUCAACAACAAAGAGUUUUACUUCCUGUUUUUGCUGAAGAGCAUAGGAUAAUGGAGGCUGUUUAUCACCACGAUUGUAUAAUUCUUUGUGGUGAAACUGGGUCAGGGAAAACAACACAAGUUCCUCAAUUCUUGUACGAGGCCGGGUUUGGUAAUUUAUUGCACGACUUGUAUCCCGGAAUGAUUGGUGUGACUCAACCAAGAAGAGUGGCAGCUGUGUCAAUGGCAGAAAGAGUAGGUAGCGAAUUGGGAGAUCAUGGUCACCGUGUGGGUUAUCAAAUACGAUUUGACACUACUAUCAAAAAUGAAGGUAAGGAAAACGGUACGGCAUUGAAAUUUAUGACCGAUGGUGUUUUGUUGAGAGAGAUGAUGACCGAUUUUUUGUUAGCCAAAUAUUCAGCAAUAAUUAUUGAUGAAGCCCAUGAGAGAAAUAUUAAUACUGACAUAUUAAUUGGAAUGUUGACAAGAGUUGUAAAAUUAAGAAGAAAAUAUCACAAGGAGAAUCCUCAAUUGUAUAAGCCUUUGAAACUUAUUAUAAUGUCGGCUACGUUGAGAGUCUCUGAUUUUUCGGAAAACCCUGCAUUAUUCAAAACACCACCACCUAUUAUCAAUGUUCAGGCAAGACAGUAUCCGGUGUCAAUCCAUUUUAAUAAAAAAACUAACUAUGAUUAUUUGGAGGAAGCGUUUAAAAAGACAUGUAAAAUACAUCGUAAACUUCCCGAAGGUGGUAUAUUAAUAUUCUUAACGGGGCAAAAUGAAAUUACCACUUUGGUGAAAAAAUUACGACAAGAAUUCCCGUUUAAAAAGAAGUCAACCAUUCAGUAUGAUGAAAACAUUGAUGUUAAGUUGUCAGAAAAUGUUCAACAAGAGGUUGAAGAUGUGGAUUUUAGUGUUCAAUCUGGAGAUGCUGGUAUACUUGAUGAUUAUGAAGAAGGAGAAGAAAAUGAGGAAGAAGAGGAGGGUUUUGAAGAGUCUAUCGAUAGCAAGGAGUCAGAGGUGGGGCCGUUAUAUGUAUUGCCGUUGUAUUCUUUAUUACCUACAAAACAACAAAUGAAGGUGUUUGAGGAUCCACCACCGGGAAGCAGAAUUUGUAUAGUUGCCACUAAUGUUGCCGAAACAUCGUUGACAAUACCAGGCAUCAGAUACGUGGUGGAUUGUGGUCGUUCCAAGGAAAGAAAAUACAACCAAGAAAAUGGAGUGCAAUCAUUUGAAGUUGAUUGGGUUUCCAAAGCAUCUGCUAAUCAACGUGCUGGUAGAGCUGGUAGAACCGGACCAGGACAUUGCUACAGACUAUAUUCUUCUGCAGUUUUUGAAGACUUUUUCCCUCAAUUCAGUGUACCUGAGAUUUUACGUAUGCCAUUUGAAAGUAUUGUAUUAAGUAUGAAGAGUAUGGGAAUUGAUCAAAUUGCUAAUUUUCCUUUCCCUACUCCUCCUGAUAGAUUUUCAUUAAAGAAAGCCGAAGAGUUGUUAGUCAUAUUGGGUGCAUUAGAUAAAGAACAAAAGCAGAUUACUGAUUUAGGGAAAAAAAUGUCUUUGUUCCCCUUGAGUCCACGAUUUGCAAAAAUUCUAAUUAUUGGAAACCAACAAGAAUGUCUUUCUUAUAUCAUUGCUAUUGUUUCUGCAUUAUCGGUCGGAGAUCCAUUUAUAGGUGAGAACGAAUUAGUCGGGAACAUGAAUGACGAAGCACGUAGAGAGUUUAGAACAAAAUUCUAUCACUCACGUGCAUUAUUCUCAAAGUUGGAUGCGUCUAGUAAUUGUAUGAUGUUAUUGUCUGCAGUUUGUGCAUAUGACCAUGUUCCAAAAGAAGAGCAAAAUGGGUUUUUACAAAAGCAUUAUCUUAGACAUAAGAUGAUGGAGGAAAUACAAAAGUUGAGAAAACAAGUUGGAAAUAUAGUAGAAAAUAUGAUUAUGUCUGCUGAUGGAUUACAGUUGGAACAAAAAGUGAAAUUGCCCAUUCCAAACAAAAAGCAAGUGAGUGCAAUGAAACAGAUGAUUGCGUCUGGGUUUAUCGACCAAGUUGCAAUUCGAGGAGAUCUCAUUUCAUCUGAGGUAAAGGUUGCAAACAAGACAAGUAUUAUAAAUAUCCCAUACUGUCCCGUGAUGCCCAUAGAAGAUGGACCAUUUGUAUAUUUACAUCCUAACUCUCUUAUAGCUGAAAGUGGGCAAAUUCCAAGCUCGUAUCUUGUCUAUCAAUCAUUGAGUACAAAGGGAAACAUCAGUGAAGAUGAAACCAAGAAGGUUAGGAUGAAUCCGUUAGUUGAUAUAAGUGGUAAGCAGUUGGCUAAUAUUGCUAAAAACUCGGUGCUACUCACAUAUUCCAAACCGUUAGGACAUCCUUAUGCUCCAAAAAACUUGACACCAACGAAAAGAGAAUGUUAUGUGGUUCCACGUUUUGGAGCAGCCAUUGGAAGUGGUGGUGUUGGUUGGGAUUUGCCUGCCAUUAAGGUAAUUCAAGAAAAACGUAAAGGUGUUUGGGUAAACUUAUAG